AUGAAUGCAUAAGAAAAACCAAGAAAAUAAUUUGAUCCGACUUGCAGGUUUUUAAGGUACCUCAAUUUUUGCCGAUGGCUCUCCACAAAUCUAUCAAAACCAGUAACCGGCUUUUUUUUCUUUCUAAUGUAGUUAAACUUUGGUUCCUCUUUUUUUAAAUGGAAAAUAAUGAAUAACCUCCAUUAUUACGCCUCCGCCCGUUUCCGUGGCUUUCCUGCAGGCUUUUCUCUCCGGCGAAAGGUCCCCUGGUGGUACCAAAUCCUCGAUCCGGGAAGCGACUUUAUUAACAGAUGGAAUCACAUUAUUCUGUUUACUUUUAUGGUCGCCAUGUUUUUAGACCCAAUCUAUUUCUAUCUUCCGGUGAUCGGCGGCGACGCUUGCAUGGACAUCGACUUUCCUUUAGGUGUUUGGGUCACGUUAGCUCGCACCGUCACCGACUUGUUCUUUAUCAUGCACGUCAUUGUUAAGUUUAGAACAGCAUUCGUAGCCCCAAGUUCCCGCGUUUUUGGAAGAGGAGAGCUCGUUAGAGACCCUAAAGCCAUUGCCAUACAAUACUUGAAAACUCGCUUCGUCAUCGAUUUCACUGCUGCUCUUCCUCUUCCUCAGGUUAUAAUUUGGUUUGUAAUUCCAGCCGUGAAAACUCCUUCGGCUAAUCAUGCUAAGCACACAGUUUCUUUAGUAGUUUUAUUUCAAUACAUUCCUCGUAUUCUGGCUGUGAUUCCUCUAAAUCGCCGGAUCGUUAAAACUACCGGAGCAGUCGCCAAGACAGCUUGGUCAGGAGCUGCAUAUAAUCUUGUACUUUAUGUUCUUGCUAGCCAUAUAUUGGGAGCCUCAUGGUAUCUGGCAUCAAUACAAAGGCAACAUGAGUGUUGGGACAUACAAUGCGAAAUAGAGAAAAAUCACACACAUUCUCCUUCUUGUAACCCUUUGUUUCUUGAUUGUACUACAAGAGAUACCCCAGAACGCGAUGCUUGGCUUAGAGUUACCCACUUGCUCACUAGUUGCGAUGCUAGAAAUGAUGAACAUUUCCAGUUUGGAAUGUUUGCUGAUGCCUUUAUUAAUCAUGUUGGUGAAGCAGAUUUCAUUGAUAAAUAUUUCUAUUGCCUUUGGUGGGGCUUAAGAAAUCUAAGUUCAUAUGGGCAGAAUUUGAUGGCAAGUACUCAUGAAGGUGAAUUAUUAUUCAGUAUUGGUAUUUGCAUUAUGGGUCUAGUUUUGUUUGCACAUCUCAUAGGAAAUAUGCAGACAUAUAUGCAAUCUACAACUGCUAGACUAGAAGAAUGGAGGAUUCGGAGAAGAGACACUGAGGAAUGGAUGAGCCACCGUCAAUUACCACUAGAAUUGCAAGAACGAGUUCGACGUUUUGUCCAGUAUAAAUGGAUAGCCACAAGAGGUGUAGAUGAAGAAUCUAUCUUGAAAGCUUUACCUUUAGACUUGAGACGCCAAAUCCAAAGACAUCUUUGUCUGGCUCUUGUUCGACGAGUUCCAUUUUUCGCACAAAUGGAUGAUCAGCUACUGGAUGCAAUAUGCGAACGCCUCGUUUCGUCUCUAAACACAAGAGAUACAUAUAUUGUUAGAGAAGGAGAUCCAGUAAACGAAAUGCUUUUCAUUAUUAGAGGACAAUUAGAAAGCUCGACCACUAAUGGCGGAAGGUCUGGUUUUUUCAACUCUAUUACAUUACGGCCAGGUGAUUUCUGUGGUGAAGAGUUAUUGACAUGGGCAUUAAUGCCAACAUCUCGGUUAAACCUACCAUUAUCAACUCGAACUGUUAAAGCACUAAGUGAAGUUGAGGCCUUUGCACUUAGAGCAGAAGAUCUAAAAUUUGUAGCUAAACAAUUUAAACGUUUGCAUAGUAAAAAGCUGCAACAUGCUUUUAGAUAUUACUCGCAUCAAUGGCGGACUUGGGGAGCUUGUUAUAUACAAACUGCAUGGAGAAGGUUGAAGAGAAGGAAACUGCAAUUGGAAUUAGCAAGGCAAGAGAGUUUAUUUUAUGCUCAAGCUAUGGAUGGAGAGGAGGAUUAUGAUGAUGGUGGUGAAGGAUCAUCAAUGGAUAAUGCAAACAAUGCACAACAUCUUGGGGUUACAUUUCUUGCUUCAAAAUUUGCUGCAAAUACAAGAAGAGGAAUGACUAAGCAACAUACGCUGGUUCCCGAUGAUUCUACCUUGAAAAUGCCUAAGUUUUUUAAACCAGAAGAACCUGAUUUCUAUGGCGAUCAUGAAGAUAGUUGAGUUGUAUAAUAUUGAUAAACUUUAUUGAUUAAUUCUAUAGAAAGGAAGUACAUACAUAUACCAUAAUC